AUGCAAGGGCAGGAUGAAGAGGAGGGGAGAGGGUGUUACAGGGCGCAGCGUGUGGAAGAGGAGAGGGUGUUACAGGGCGCAGCUGUGGAAGAGGAGAGGGUGUUACAGGGCGCAGCGCGUGGAAGAGGAGAGGGUGUUACAGGGCGCAGCGUGUGGAAGAGGAGAGGGUGUUACAGGGCGCAGUGCGUGGAAGAAGAGAGGGUGUUACAGGGCGCAGCGUGUGGAAGAGGAGAGGGUGUUACAGGGCGCAGCGUGUGGAAGAAGAGAGGGUGUUACAGGGCGCAGCGCGUGGAAGAAGAGAGGGUGUUACAGGGCGCAGUGUGUGGAAGAGGAGAGGGUGUUACAGGGCGCAGUGCGUGGAAGAGGAGAGGGUGUUACAGGGCGCAGUGUGUGGAAGAAGAGAGGGUGUUACAGGGCGCAGUGUGUGGAAGAGGAGAGGGUGUUACAGGGCGCAGCGCGCGGAAGAGGAGAGGGUGUUACAGGGUGCAGCGUGUGGAAGAAGAGAGGGUGUUACAGGGCGCAGUGUGUGGAAGAGGAGAGGGUGUUACAGGGCGCAGUGUGUGGAAGAGGAGAGGGUGUUACAGGGCGCAGUGUGUGGAAGAAGAGAGGGUGUUACAGGGCGCAGUGUGUGGAAGAAGAGAGGGUGUUACAGGGCGCAGUGUGUGGAAGAAGAGAGGGUGUUACAGGGCGCAGUGUGUGGAAGAAGAGAGGGUGUUACAGGGCGCAGUGUGUGGAAGAGGAGAGGGUGUUACAGGGCGCAGUGUGUGGAAGAAGAGAGGGUGUUACAGGGCGCAGCGUGUGGAAGAGGUUGGCGAAGAAGGCGAUGAGGCCAGCAUCCCCCCAGUUGAGGUGCACCCACUUGGUCACACUCAGACUACCACCACGAGUUGGGGUGGAGGGGAGGUGGAGGAGGGGGACAGGGAAAGAGGAACAAGCACUUUGAAUUUUUACCACAAGGUUGUCACGCCCUUCAACACGACAUCUUGCUUGGCCAUUCCAGUGGGCAUCCCCACGGGCAAGGCGCCUCCAUGGUCCCGAGCAGCAGCGACGUUGCUGCAGAUGGAGGCGCCACAUGGCAUGCCUCCAUCUGCCUCGUCACCCACUGGCCCCCCAUCAUCCGGCCUCUCCCGCUUCUCGCCCCUUCGCCCCUCCCGUGACACCGACUGCUGCUUCUCACUCUCGUCCCUCCCCUUCUCCCUCCCCUUCUCCCUCCCCUUCUCCUUCUCCUCCCUCCCCUUCUCCCUCUCCUCUCUCUCCUUCUCCUUCUCCGCCCGCACCACGCUACCCCAUUGCCUCCUUGCUUCCUUGAUUAGAUCUGGGAGACCGGAGAAGAGAAGUGGAGGCAAGACGGAGGGAGGUGAAAGGAUGAGCCAAGGGGAUUUCAAUGAAGGAGCAGCAGUGGUGUCAUAA